AUGACAGAACCUUACAAUUAUCUCUCAACAGGAUGGUUCAACUUCAUAAUACCCACUUCACCUCCCAUCAAAGAAGCUCUUCCUCUUCUCAAUAAACUAAGCCUCACAAAAGAAGAUCAUAAACCCUCCUUCAAUGCCAUGGAGGAUGAAGAAACCUGUUCUACAAUCGCUAAUUAUGAAAGUGAAGCUGUAUCUUUGCAUAUAGGGCUUCCGAUAAGCUCGAAUUCUGAUUCAUCAGGAUCCGGGAUUUCUUCAUCUGGAGAAAUGACUGAUAAAGAUGGUUUUAAUGUACUUUCAGAGCUACCCUUAAACAGCCUGAACAAGGGCCAAUACUGGAUUCCUACCUCUUCCCAGAUUAUCAAUGGACCAACUCAGUUUUCGUGUCACCUUUGUUACAAGAGUUUUAACAGAUACAACAACUUACAGAUGCAUAUGUGGGGGCAUGGAUCACUGUACAGAAAAGGGCCCGAAUCUCUAAGGGGAACUCAACCAACUGGAAUGCUAAGGCUUCCAUGCUAUUGUUGUGCACCUGGAUGCAAUCACAAUAUUGAUCACCCAAAAGCAAGGCCCCUCAAAGACUUCAGAACCCUCCAAACACAUUACAAGAGAAAGCAUGGAACCAAAUCAUUCAUGUGCACAAAAUGUGGGAAACCCUUUGCUGUUAAGGGUGAUUGGAGAACACAUGAAAAGAACUGUGGCAAGAUUUGGUACUGCAUUUGCGGUUCUGAUUUCAAGCACAAAAGGUCCCUUAAAGAUCACAUUAAGACCUUUGGUAGAGGCCACCAAACUUUGGGAACCCACAUUGAUUUUGAAGAAGAAAAUGGAUAUCCGCUUGAAACAUUUCAUCUAAAAGUUUAA